UACGACUACCAGGAACCAAAACAUAUAUUGAUCCAGAUACUUAUGAAGAUCCAUCCCUAGCUGUUCAUGAGUUUGCAAAGGAGAUAGAUUCAACAAGAAUUCGUAUUGAGAGAGUUAUUGGGGCAGGUGAAUUUGGAGAAGUGUGCAGUGGUCGCCUAAAAACACCUGGGAAAAGAGAGAUUCCUGUAGCCAUUAAAACUUUGAAAGGUGGACAUGUGGAAAGGCAGAGAUGGGAUUUCCUACGAGAAGCUAGUAUCAUGGGACAAUUUGAUCAUCCAAAUAUUAUUCGCCUUGAAGGAGUUGUCACAAAGAGUAAGUUCUUUAGGAA